AUAUGGCGAAGUGAUAGAAUAUAUUCGUAUUCUGAACUCCUUCUAGGAAUCUUGGCAUGUUUCUCUAUUGUAGAUAUUAUGGCGGAGCCCAGAGUUAGAUAUAUGAUUAGAUGGUACUCGCCUUAUGUUUGGGCUUUCUCGCCUCUGACGAUCCGUAACUUAUCUCCCCUCCAAAAUAACGCUCUACAGGUUGUUUUUUAUAAGAGUGUUACGGAGGUUGACCAUGGAGCACCCUUCUAUUCUGGCUUGUGAACCCAGGGCUCGGAGUGUGUCGAGGCAAUUUGAAAACAAAUCCUCGAGGACAUUUACAAAUGUCAUGAUAUUUAUUUUGGUGUGAAAUAAAGGAUUGGCCAGUGCCAUUAUCUAGUGCUCGAUUUUUUUAUUUGAAAUAAAUUCUUGCAAG